AUGCCGGGACAGAAGAGAAAGCGUACGAAUGACUCGUCAAUCCAAGACGUUGACACCGAGGCUGAGACCACCAUUGUCGCGUGUACUUCCAAAGUCACGGCCAAAGUCAUCCGCGCCUUCUCCGACGCUACUGGUUACCAAGUUUACGCCGUACGAGAUCAUGGCGUGCUCCUCCCAAUCGACGUGCUCGACCGCUUUGCGACGACUGCCAGCAGCAUGGUCAACAUUUUGAAAAACUUUCGUGGGGCUGAUGAGUACAAAUUGACAAUCUACGGCAGCCACGAUGCCAUUCGACGAGGCUGGGUUGCGAUGUGUUCUGUCGGAGACAGCGCCAAAGACAACAUAGACGAGGACAGUGUCGCUAGCAGUAAGACCAAAGUGGAAGAGGGUACCAAUCGCGAUGGAAACAGUGUCACAAAUGAAGGAUCCGAGGAGCAUCGCAGAAAGCGAGUCAAGGGCGUUCGUGAGAAUACAGUCAAGCGCGAAGAUCGACCGGGUAUCAAAAGGGAGGUGGAAUAG